CUCCCUCCCCCGGAGUCGGUGGUGAAGGGCUGUUAGGCUGCCCGCACAAUCCAACAUGGAGUAGCGAGAGAUGGGGCUCUAGCGGGGCCACCCCUCGGUAACAGCAACGCGCAUUUAGCACUACGGAACUUGGACUGUCACAGAAUUUAUCAUCUAGGCUUUCAGAAUGGAAUUUUAACCUGUCUAUAUCCACCACAGGAAUAUCAACUUUCGAGGCCACUGUGUUCUGUACACGCAACUGGUUGGCUCGCGAAGAACAGCAGAGAAAGGAGGCAUCUAUUCCAGGCGAAGACUGAAGCAGAGCUACAAUCACACAAAGGCUGGGGAAAGAUAUGCGGAAUUGAAUGGAUGUAGGAGAUAGGUGAAAUGACGGACAAAAAGUAUGCACCCGCUUUGGGAUAUUAUUUUCGGUGAAACGCGAAAAUGAUAGAGGAAACACACCCAAACGAUGACAGCUACAUCGUGCGUGUGAAAGCAGUGUUGAUGACGCGAGACGACUCGAGCGGGGGCUGGCUGGCCCAGGACGGGGGGGCUCUCUGCAGGGUCGGCGUGUGCAGGGUCUUUCCCCAGGAGCUGUCCCCCGCCCUCCCCUUGCCCCUCCCCCGUGCCAGCCGAAACCACUUCCUCAUCCACGGAGAGCGGGACAAACAGGUGAUACUGGAGUGUCCCCUGAGGAAAGAUCUGGUCUACACUACGGCCACGCCCACCUUCCACCAUUGGAAGGUGGAGGACAGGAGGUGCGGCCUGUCUUUUCAGAGUCCAGCCGAUGCCCGUGCCUUUGACCGGGGUGUACGCAAAGCCAUAGAGGACCUUGCAGAAGGCUCAACAACCUCUUCAACGCUCCAAAAUGAAGCUGAACUGGGCGAUGAUGAUGUAUUCACGAACACCACAGACAGCUCCUCAAACUCCUCUCAGAGGCUCGACACGUCAAUGCAGCUGCUGGACUCCUCCCCUCUCCCCCACCGCCACAACUUCGUCUUGGGACAUCGCCACGACCUCCACGACCCCUACAGGUUCUCACCUGACCACUACUUCCAGGAUCAGUCACUGUCCCGGGUCCCUCGUCACGUCACCUUCCAGGAAGACGAGGAGAUCGUCCGCAUCAACCCCCGCGAGUGCUCCUGGGGCCACGUGUCCGAGUCCCGCCCGGGCCGCCUCGCCGAGCGCUCCACGGUCACGGGCUACGAGGACUACCGCCACGCCACCGUGCGCGACAAGUUCAUCCACCCGGACGACACGGAGUCCUACGUGGACUUCGCCAAGAGCGAGACUCACAAACACGACUAUAAUUACCCCCUGGCGCCCGCCGCCCUGAUAAACUCAGACUCGGACCCCGCCCUCGGACCCUUUGCCGGUAAGGGCCACCUCGACGUCGGUCACGGCUUCGGCUCCGUGGUCUCCAGCCAGCCGCGUCCCCUGCUUCCGGGCUCCUCCUCCAAUAACGGCGACAAGGGCCGAAUAGGCAACGGGGCGGAACGCGCCCACUGCGAGUACUGCGGAGAGACGUUCUUCCGCACGGACAACAGGCGAGGCGGGUGCCAUGACGCCCCGGACCCGGUGCGGGCGUUUAUCCGGCGCGCCAGCUGCAUGUGGCUGGCGGACACCCUGCUGUACCACUGCAUGUCGGACCCCGAGGGGGACUACUCCGAUCCCUGCUCCUGCGACGGAGGCGACGGCGGCGGGGGGCGCCUGGGCACGCGCUGGGCGGCUCUGCUGGGGCUGUCUCUGGUGGCGCCGUGCCUGUGCCUCUACCCGCCGCUGCACGCGUGCCACAGGGCAGGACUGGCGUGCGGGUGCUGCGGGGGCAGGCACAAAGCCGCGUGGUGACCCGGUCUGGCCGGGGAAAAACACCCCUGAACGCUAAAUACACCCCCAACCAAACACCAGCACAGGGGGGGGGGGAGGGAGGGAGGUAGGCAGAGUGCACCGGAAAACGUAGGGAGUGUGUUCUUUCGUCUGGUCAGGGUUUUGUUUUUGUUUUGUUUUUGUCGACAAAUUCCAAAAUGACAAUGGAAGUAAGCUGGGACAGUCUUUGCCUUGAAGAUAAGCUCAUCCCGUACUGUACUGUUCUCUCUUUCCGUCUCCCUCCCUCUCUUUUUCUCCCUCCCCUCUCAACAUAGCUGUCUCUUUCUCUGUUUGCAUUGAGAGAACACUCUUUUUCAGGGGGGCUUUUUUAUAGCCAACUAAUGUCAUGUAUCACAUAUGCAGGUACUUUAUACUUUACACACUGAUUCGGUGUCGAAGAACUUGAAUCAUAAUUUUUUCCCUUGUUGCAUUGUUGUGUGUAUCUGGUUGAUGAGGUGCCUGUAUAGUUUUUGUUAUGUUGUUAAGCUACGGCUAGCUCAGAUCCUUCUUCCUCCACAUCCAACUCUUCAGAACUGACACUGCCCCAAGUACUAAAACCCAGCUGAACAUCUAGGAUGAAAGCCUAACACUAAAACAGUGGUAUGAUUGUGUGUGUGUGCGUGCGUGUGUGCGUGCGUGCGUGCGUGCGCGCAUACACAGUGUCUGUGUAUUUUCACUGAGCCUUGCAAGGCCAUUGUGAUGCCUUCCCCACCAGUGCAUUAUCAUCAUCCACUCAGAAAACACAGCUACAAUCAGCCCAUUCAAACAGCCCAAAACACAGUUACCAGCCUGCGCCGACCUUCAGAGUUCAAUAAAUGACCCACCUAGGUUUCAUGUAUUAAUAUCCAAAGAUAAUCUUUCUUUUUGUUAUUCCUUUAGAUGCUAUUUAGAUAGUCUCACUGAAUUGAAACACCAGCCAAAGAGUGCACAGUUUGCUAUGAAAGUGUUCACUGAGGAUACAAGCAGGCAUAGACCUAUAUGGUAUUGAUAGAAAAACAGUGUCCAGGGCCAUGCUUCAAUACUGUCCAUACCUUCUCAUCCCUGAUCUAACACUAGGGAGGGGUCCUUUGAAUCACAAUGGUCCCAUCAUGUUAGGUCUGUGAUAUUAAUGUGGGAUGAUUUAUUGUAUCAAAGCAGUGCAUAGAUCCACUGUACCGACUGGCCCACACAGCAGUUUUUGGAAAGCCCUUUGCAAUUUUAGAACCAUUUUGAAGAUGGAAGAUUUGAAGGGGUUAGGUUUGAUGCUUUUAUGUUGAAUGAGUGACACCAAACUCAGUUGUCCGGUUCACAUUGGGAUUUUUUACAAUUUGUACAUUUGACAAGAUCGGAUAAAUCACUGAAGUGUAAGCCACACAAACUGUAAAAUGCUGGUGGAAAUCUCAGUUUUUAAGGCCAAAGGUACUAACUGUAAAGUUAUAAGAUAUGUUGUUUUAUCUUUCUUUUUGACCAUCUCAAAGCUGGAAACCGGACUGCAACAUUUAAAAGUAUUUCUCUAAUGCAGUAGAUUAAAAUGAAACACAGUCGGUUUUCUAUUGAGCUCACUGGGGGAAUAAAGAUUCCAGCCUAUCUGCAAUGUACAAUCAGUUCUAUUUUUAGACACACCCACUUCCCUCUUCUUUGCUCCACCCACAUCCACUGUCUCCUGAGUGACACUCCUGAGUGACAGUGCAGCUGUCCAAUCCUGUGUCUCCGCUGAAAAGCACAACACUACAAAAUAACAAGUGCUUUACGUGUUGUUCUGUGGGGGAUGCAUCAAUGGUACAACAUUGCGUUUACACAGUCUUUCCAACUCUUAAUCAAUGUUAUAAAAUACCAGACAUAGCAUAAAGUGUACUCACGCUGAGUACCGUUUUGUGAAAACAAUGAGUGGGAAAAUGUAAUUUUACCAAGCUUUUACUUCAAAUGAUAUGUUGUUUUCUUUUGUACAUUCUGUCUCUAUGAUGUUCGAGUUUUAUCACUCCCUUUUUCCACUCCAGAAAUGCUACCUUUGUCUUUAAAGGGCUCCUAAACCUUAGACACUUAGAUUUGAAAAUGGUUUUGUUCAGACAGGGCUGUAGUCCAUACCAAUUGGUUGAGAAGUGUUGUGCUAGUCUUCAACCUGUAAUAAUCAUCAAACACAUUAAAGGAAAAGCUUUCUUCUGUCUGUCCAGGGCAAAAAUAUAUGUUGUACUCACGCCAAAACUAUUUACAAGUGCCUAAAAGUGUAGCGUUUAUCUAUGUAUUUAAACAAAACAAAAACUUAAAAUAUGUAAAAAAAAAAGAGCAAACAUUUUGUGUGUGUGUAUUUGUGUAUAUAUAUAUAUUUAUACACACACACAAAUCCAGUUUAUGUUGUACAUUUUUAUUUCAAUUGUUUUGUUGAUGUUUUUUAAACUGAUUCUAACAUGGAUGUAGCUCUUGCUUUGAGAAGGAACUGAAAGUACUUUUAGAUAGAGAACGAUGGCCUGGCCCGGGGGAAGUAAGUCAUGUGUGUCUUACCUUCUGCCUCCAAUAAAUUGAAAAAAACAAAACAACAACAACCGUGAAACCUUGUCUUA